GAUUGGCCAGGGGUGGGCGGGGAAGACUAGCCGCGGGAGUGCCGCUCUUGGCUGUCAGGCGCCAGUAUGCCCGAGGUCUCGCCGGCCACCAUGCAGAGUGGCGAUGGCGGGCCGGGUUAAAACCAUGGGCCGGGCGCUGGAGGACCUGAGUCGGGACUCUGGCUAUGGUGGCACCGCUGAUUCGCUGCAUUCGUCCAGCCUGUCGCUGAGCUCGGAGCCCGCGGCCGCCGCCGCCGCCGCCGCCGCCCACGAGUUCAAGCCGGGAGAGGUGGAGGGGAACGCGGCGGGUGGGCUGGGCGGCGGCGAGGGGUUGGAGUACGGCCAGCUCCCCGAGUUGGAUCAGCCGCCCUGGGACCUGCAGCAGCUACAGGCCGCCCUGAGCCGCCAACACCCAUCGGGCCACUGGCCGCGCCACUCGCUGCUCUACCUGUCCCGCCUGCUGGGCCGACCGCUUCUCCGCCUGGCCGGCGAGGCCCAGCGUCUGAGCCGCCGCUUCGCCCGGUGCGGCGGUCCCGAAGUCCGCAGCGCCCUGCGCAUCGUUUUGCCCCGGCCACUCGCCCGUCGCUGCCUCUCGGCCGGUCUAGCCGCUCUCUCCCUGCACAGCAUGGGCAGCGCCCGCGGGUUCGCCCUCGGUACCUCAGCGCGCUGUGGCCUCGCCCUCUCCGUCGGUCGCUUCUUCCGCUGGAUGCUCGACAGUCGUCUGGCCCCGCGCCUCCAUCCGCACGCCGCGGUCUACCUGGCCGCUGCGAUCGAGAGCCUGCUGCUAGAGCUGGGUGCCCGCCUCACCCCUCCGCCUGGCACCGAGCCCGGAACUGGACCCAGCCCCGCCAUCACCCCUCAACAGAUGGAGCGUUCCCUCGGCAGUCAGCCCGAUCUGCGGGGUCUCUGCGAACCGCAUCGCUACCUCGACUGCGUCCACACGGCUCUCGGGGUCCUCACCCUGUCUGAGACACGGGAGCCAACCCCAGAGUGGACUGUGCUGUACGGCCAUCCUGAGCGACAGAGCUCGGAGCAGGCAUUACUGGUUACUCGUGUGGGAAACGUCACUGAGCUGAGUGAACUGGUGUCCAGGGUAAUGCAUCACCUGCAGCAAGUGAGUGGGACUGAUGACGGUGAGAGCCUGGCCCUUCAUUACAGACAGGGGCCGUUGCACUGGGAGUCUGAGGCCCUCUACACCCUCUGUUACUUUAUGCACUCCCCUCAGCUGGAGUGGGAGACAAGCAGCAUGGAGCCAACAAGGACCAGCCUGGCCACCGACAGACCGCUCCGGAUUCGACCUCCCCUGGCAGAGUGGAUACGAGUGGCCACGGCUCACACUGAACACCGCAGGGGCUUCUCUGUAGACAGUGAUGACGUCCGACAGGCUUCCCGAAUUCUUCUCCCCGGAGCCGACUGUGAACCCAGGCGGUUAAAAGCUGAUGAUUACUCAUGUGCCUCGCUGAAGCUGGACGCUGCAGCAACGGACACCCGGUUCCGCCAGGCUCUGGGGUUCCACAUGCUGACCUGUGGCCGGACGGACCUGGUCAACCAGGCCAUUCGUUUACUAGGGGGCGAUGGUAUCAACACUCACAGUGUACAGGGUUUGACUCCGCUGAUGUAUGCCUGUGCUCGGGGCGAUGAGGCCAUGGUCCAGACGUUGCUUGACAGUGGAGCAGAUGUGAACUGUGAGGUUCCUAGCCCCUCCUGCAAGUGCCCGUCCAUUCCGCUGGAUUCUCGCCACUGGACAGCCCUCACACUCGCUGUCCUGCAUGGACACGUGGCCAUUGCGCAGCUGCUGCUUGACCAUGGAGCCAAUGUUGAAGGCUCCCUCGGACCAGGUGGGGAGAAUUACUCUGAGACUCCCCUCCAGCUGGCAUCUGCAGCGGGUGACAUGGAGUUGGUGAAUUUGCUGUUGGAAAGGGGGGCUGAUCCAGCGAUGGGGACUGUGUGUAGGAAUGGGAUGACGAUUACCCCCCAAGGUGACAUGACUGCAUUCAGCCAGGCUGCAGCUCACGGACACAGGAACGUGUUCCGAAAGCUGCUGGCACACUCAGAGGAGGAGAUGAGGAAGGUGGUGACGCUGGAGGAGAUCCUGGCCGAGGGGAGGGAGCUCCCUGGCUCUGUGCACCCCUCUCCAUCCCCCAGCAGUGGCAACCGGGUGUGGGUCAGCGUCCUGAGGGAGCCACUCUACUACAGCGCUGAGCAUGGCUUCUUGGAUAUCAGCCUCGAUUGUCGCAGUCUCGGGGUCCCAUGGAGACUCCACUCCUGGUUCCUGUCACUGGAGACGGCGUUCCUGCAGCGUCGGAGGCCGGUGAUCCAGUGCCUGUUGAGGGAGUUCGGCAGCAUCAAGGAGGAGGAGGGAGAUGAAGAGCUCCUCCUGCAGGGACUCCCCCUCCUCUUCAACAUCCUCAAAGCCAGCAAGAACGAAGCCAUCAGUCAGCAGUUGGCAGCAAUUUUCACUCAGUGCUACAGCCCAUACCCAAUCCCCAAGUUCACAGAUAUCAAACAGAAACAGAUUGCUCGCUUGGAUUCACACUUCCUGAACAACAAGGAGAUGUCGGAUAUCACCUUCCUGGUGGAGGGGAAGCCAUUCUAUGCCCACCGUGUGCUCCUCUACACUGCCUCGCCAAGGUUUAAGAUGCUGCUGUCAAACCAAAUGCCCUCAGAGAACAGCCACAAUAUCUUCAUUGAAAUCAGCCACAUCAAGUACAAUAUAUUUAAGAUGGUCAUGCAGUACCUAUACCAUGGAGGCACAGACACCCUGCAGAUCCGCAGCUGUGAUCUUCUGGAGCUAAUGUCAGCUGCCCGGUUCUUCCAGCUGGACGUCCUACAGCGUCACUGUGAACUUAUCUGUACCAGGACCAUCAGCAUUGAGAGCUGUGUGCAAAUAUACAACCAUGCCAAGUUUCUGGGAGCCUCCCACCUCGCUGCAUUCUGCGAAGGCUACUUUCUGAAGAAUAUGGUCUCUCUGAUGGAAAACGAAGCAUUCAAACAGUUACUUUAUUCCUGCUCAGAGGGAUCCUCGGGGAACCAACUGUUGCAUGAUUUGGAGAGAGUCCUGACAGCAAGGAUCCAGUCAAUUCACCUCUCCCUCUCCAAGGGCUCCGUUGUGUGAGCCAUGGGUGCCCAGUGUUGCUAACUCCGUGAAGUGAAAGCCUAACUGGGACAUAGUGAGUGAGAGCUGUUGUCUCCAUGCACAGACUCCGAACGACUGUCACAUUCCUCGUCGUCCCAGCGGACUGUUUGAUCCUCAUUUUGCCAGCCACUGACCCAGUGACCGGAGUCAAGCCUGCCUCAGAGUGGGGCAGUUUGUGUCCUGAGAAGUUGCCUGUGUCUCGGGGCAGUGUGUAGUCUCUCUGUAGGAGGGGGUCAGGCCAGUUCAUACCUAUGGUUGUCCAUAAUUUGGGUGUUUGUAAUCCAGGGAUACCCUUUAUGUGAGGGUAGUUUGUCAGAGUGUAGAUUGUUCCUCCAGAACUGGGAUCAGUUAGUGAAUCUCAAAUUAUGCAAAAUUAAAGAACUAUUCUAUAGAGAAUAUAAUAAAAUAUAUCAAUAUAUUUGUUUAUAUUACUGAAAUAUAAUUUGUAAUAUUCUGAAAAGAUCUGAGCUGUGUUUAACUAAGGUACGUACUGUAUUGUUAUUGGAACCAGACAGCCAUGGUCUUGUGGACACUGCUUGCAAACAAUACACCAUUUCUGUUAAACUUGGAGAGGAGCUCAAAGAUUAUUUAUUUAAAAUCUAUUCACACUGCAGAAUGUAGCCAUAUCUGAGAAGUGACUAUAUUUUGAUAGAUUGUUAUUGCUUUUAAAUUAGAGAAAUUAAAACAAUUUCUAUAAAGCUGA